AAUCAUUUAUGAAUCUAUUUCAUGAGUAUCCUGGCAAAAGUCUAGUUCUGGAUGUCGUCUCAACCUUAUCUAAUGUACCAAUUGGUGAUUGUGCUGAAACAUGUGCUCAAUCAAAUGAUUUCAGUUGUGAAUCAUUUGAUUAUUGCCAAGAUAAUUAUAAAAGAAAUGAAUCUGUCUGCUUCUUACAUGUUAACCACAUUGAGAUUGAUAAAGCUCAUCAAAUAAAUGCAACAAACUGGAAGGCGGCUGAAGCUGGAUGUUCCCAUUAUUCAAAAAAAUCUGAACUUGAUUAUGAACAUAAAGUUGGACUUGCAUUGAAAGAAAAUACGAAAGAAUCAAUUGUUGGAACCUUUGACCAUUUAACACUAGAACACUGUGCUUCCAGAUGCAAUUCAGAUCCUAAUUGUUUUACUCUCGAGUUUUGUCAAUCAAUUGACUAUAAUCAAGUCUCCGAUAGUAGUGUAUCAUUGACGAGUUGUUCAUUGACAAACUUGAAACCAGGUAGUCAACCUGGACUAUUUGAAGUACCAAAAAGCAACAAAAUUUGCUCAAUUUAUAUAAAUCACAAAAAGAUCACAGACAAAAGUAAAACUGACCCACAACCAUCUGCAUUAAUAAUGCCAUCUGAAGCACCAACUAAUUCGGGCAAUUUGAAGAUAGCUAUUGGAUUGGGGACAAUAGUCUGCUUAAUGGCCUUUGCUGGUGGGUUCAUUGGAUUUAAAUUUGCUAUCAAAAAAGGAAUCAUUUCAUAGACUAACUUAUCAGAGGAAAACUGAAGAUGAAUGUUUAAGAAUCAUUCAUUCUUGAUUAACAUGGUACAUACAUGCAACAUAUUUGUGUAAGGACCAUUGGCAAAUAAUUCUUCAUUUUUUUAAAGAGAAAUUUUUUAAUUAAAAGAAUUAAACUUUGGUCUCUUUUUGUACAGUUGAGGCGCCAGAUUUUUAUAAUAAACUAACUGUUAUUCACUCGGCUUUUGCAUAUAUUCCUAACCCAACAAUAAACUAUCAAACAAUGAACCUGAAACCAAAAGUUUUUCAUCAAACACAAUGCUAAAAAUACGGAUUCUGUAGUUUCUC